AUGGGAUCUCUAUAUCGAUCAGAGCAGAUGCGAUUCUGCCAAAUGAUUAUUCAAAAAGAUGCUGCAUUCAGUUGUGUGGCUGAACUUGGAAAACAUCCUUAUGUUCAGUUCAAAGAUUUAAAUGCUAAUGUAAAUCCAUUUCAAAGGAUGUAUGUUCGUGAUAUUCAACGAUUUGGAGAAUUAGAACGAAAACUACGAUUUCUUGAUAGUCAAAUUCGUAAAGAUAAUAUAGAAGUUAAUUGUGAUGUGGAUAAAGAUGAUACGUAUGAGAUAAUGGCUCCACAUGAACUCAAUCAAUUCGAGGCAACACUAGUCGAUUUAGAGCGUGAUAUAAUUGAAAUGAAUGAGAGUGAUAUACUUUUAAAACGAAAUUAUGUCGAGCUAAAGGAAUGGGAAGCAAUUUUGGGAAAAACUGAUCAAUUUUUCCAAGAAGCUAUUUACAAAUUUAUUUUCAAGGGUAUCACUGACGUUGCAAUGCAAGAAAUUGAAGCUGUGCAAGAAGAAACAGGAUUUGUGCUUAGAAGCGAAAAAGAACCAAUGGGAUUUGCCGUAGGUGUUAUAAGUUGUGAUCGUGUAAAUGCUUUUGAAAAAGUUUUAUGGAGAGCGUGUCGCAGAACAGCUUUUGUGCGUACUACAAAAAUUGAAGAAGAAUUAGAAGAUCCUGAUACUGGAGAAAUGUGCAUUAAAUCAGUUUUCGUUAUUUUUUACAAAGGUAAUCGGCUACGUAUUAUUAUCGAAAAAGUUUGUGAAGGAUUCAAAGCUAAAUUGUAUAAUAGCUGCCCCAAAAAUAGUAAGGAUCGUCAUGCGGCAGCACGAGAUGUAAAAGCUCGUAUAUCGGACAUGCAGACAGUACUGGGUCAAACUCAAGAACAUCGACACAAAGUUCUUCAAGCUGCUUCUAAUUAUGUUAGACAAUGGCAGAAGGAGGUUUGUAUGCAAAAAUCAGUUUAUUAUACCUUAAAUCUUUUCACUUUUGACACUAUUGGUAAAUUUUUCAUCGCUGAGUGUUGGGUAUCAUAUGCUGAUUUGGAAAAUGUGCGUUUAGCUCUGGAAAAAGGAGUAGAAAAAAGUGGUAGCAACGUUAAACCAGUUCUGAAUCUUUUAGAGACUACAGAAGAGCCACCAACAUAUAAUAGAAUCAACAAAUUUACGCAAGUUUUCCAGGGAAUUGUUGAUUCCUAUGGUAUCGCCUCUUACUUGGAAAUUAAUCCCGCUCCUUAUACGAUCAUAACAUUCCCAUUUAUUUUUGCCUGUAUGUUCGGUGACCUUGGACAUGGUAUUCUUAUGCUAAUUGCUGGUUUAUGGAUGGUACUUCGAGAAAAAAAUCUUGCAUCGCGCAAUAUUAAAGAUGAGAUCUUCAACACAUUUUUUGGAGGUCGAUAUAUUAUUUUACUUAUGGGUAUUUUUUCAAUUCAUGCAGGUUUUCUUUAUAAUGAUGUUUUUGCAAAAUCAUUCAAUAUAUUUGGUUCUAAAUGGCGCAACCCUUUUCAACAUGCGGAAAUUGAAUCAUGGUAUAAUGACUCCAUUAUUACCAAAAAAGAAAUGAUGGUCGAUUUGCCACCUUCGAGAUCUUUCAUGCAUGAUCAAGGACCAUAUUACUUUGGAGUUGACCCUAUUUGGAAUUUAGCUGAGAACCGAUUAAAUUUUUCAAAUUCACUGAAAAUGAAACUAUCUAUAAUACUUGGAAUUGCUCAAAUGACAUUUGGAGUGAUUUUAUCACUUUUUAAUUACAUAUAUUUCAAAUCGUCAAUUGAGAUAUACACAGUGUUUAUCCCGCAAAUUUUGUUCAUGACGUGUAUAUUUAUUUACUUGUGUAUACAAAUUAUCAUUAAAUGGUUAUUUUUUUGGAUUAAACAGGAUUAUAUUUUUGGAAUGCUUUAUCCAGGAUCAAAUUGCGCCCCAUCAUUGCUGAUUGGCUUAAUUAAUAUGUUUAUGUUCAAAAAGCGACGUUCUGGAUUUGUUAAUAUGGAUGAGGUUAUUGGUAGAAAUGGUGAACGUAUUGAAUAUGCGAAGUGGACAAAUUGCCAUCUUAAUCAGUGGUAUCAAGGACAGUCAACUCUUGAAGCGUUUCUGGUCAUCAUAGCUGUAAUAUGUAUUCCUGUUAUGUUAUUCGGGAAACCGAUUCAUUUCUUAUUGCAUCGAAGAAAAAAUAAUAUUGUCAGUGACAGUGUCGUUGUACGUAUGAAUAAAGAAAGUGAAGAAACAGAGAUUAGUUUAAAUGAAAAUGGUAAAAGCACGUUAACUAGAGAAGAGAAUGAGUCAACACUUGCUAACGAACAUGAGGAAGAGUCCUUCACAGAUGUAAUGGUUCAUCAAGCUAUCCAUACUAUUGAAUAUGUUCUUGGAUGUGUGUCACAUACAGCAUCAUAUCUAAGAUUGUGGGCCUUAUCACUGGCGCAUGCUCAAUUAUCAGAAGUUUUAUGGGAAAUGGUACUUGUACAAGCUUUCGGAAUGUCUGGUUUCGCGGGUUAUAUUGCGACAUAUUUGAUAUUUUUUGUAUUUGGCAUCCUGACUAUUUCAAUCCUAGUAUUGAUGGAAGGACUUUCUGCUUUCCUACAUGCGCUACGAUUGCAUUGGGUUGAAUUCCAGUCAAAAUUCUAUCUUGGACUGGGAUAUCCAUUUGCACCCUUCUAUUUCAAAGACGUACUACAAAGAACAAAUACUGGCGAGAUAUAA